AUGCUUGCCCGUCAAGCUAUGCUCCGCCAGGCCGCUGCGCGCGCCAAGGCUUCCCGUGCCCUGUCUACUACGCCUAUUGCCCAGAAGUCGGCAGCCGAGCAGGUUAAGGAUACGCUUUACACGGCGCAGAAGAAGGCCGGUGAGGCCAUUUCUGAGGGAAUCGAUGCUGCUGCCAAGGCCAGCAACAAGGUCAAGGAUGCCGUCACGGGCGGCCAGAGCGCUGGCGCAAAGGCCGAGGAAUUGAAGGGCCAAGUCAAGGGCAAGGCUGAGGAGCUCAAGGGGAAGGUCAAUGCUGCUGCUGCAGAUGCUAAGAGCAAGCUGUAG